AUGGCUGCAUGUAUUUCAUCAUUAGGCCAUGAUCAAUGUUCUUCCAUCGAUAAACUUUUCAACUUGCCAUGCUACAAGAGAUAUCUCGACUUCUCUUCUCAUGAAAAUAAUAUUUCGGAAUUUAUUAGUAACAAAUUACCAUGCCUAAAAAUGGUUUUUGGAUCUUUAUACUUACCUAAAGACGAUCCAAAUAAGCCUUUAGGUGAAGAUGCACACUUCAUACAUGAAUUAUACCAAACUAUUGGUGUUGCUGAUGGUGUUGGUGGUUGGGCGAGACAGGGGAUUGACUCUGGAAUAUACGCGAGAGAGCUUAUGAAGAAUUCGCUUAUCGCUACAUAUGAUGAAUCAAUGAAAGGUCAUGUGAACCCUAAAAGGGUUCUUGAUCAAGCUUACAAAAACACAAAUUCAAAAGGAUCGUCUACGGCUUGUAUUAUAACUCUUAACUCCGUCAAAAAUACUAUACUUGCUACUAACGUUGGUGAUAGUGGAUUUUUACUAAUCAGAAAGGGAAAAAUCAUAUACAAGUCACCAGUACAACAACGAGGAUUUGGAUGUCCGUAUCAAUUGGGAAACUAUAAUUCAGAUAAUCCGAGCGUUGCUCAGGAGAUGGAACUAAACGUUGAGAAAGAUGAUAUUUUGAUGGUUGGGACGGAUGGGAUGCUCGAUAAUAUAUUUGAAAGUCAGAUAGAGGAAAUUGUCGAAAGAGCGAUAGAACAGAAUUUAAAGGCAGAGGAAUUGGCUAGUCAAAUUGGGAACAUUGCUUUGUAUAAUUCAUUUGAUAGAUUUGCAGAUACACCAUUUGCUAGAGCAUCUAAGGGCCAACAUAAAGGAGGAAAAAUUGAUGAUAUUACUGUUAUAGUUGCUUAUAUACAAUAA